AUGUUUUUAUUAAAUUUUAUUUGUUGUAGUAACUUACUUCCUUCAAGUUUAUAUUAUGAUGAAGUAAAAAGUAUGCUUAAACAAAGAAUUUGUGAUUCUAAAUCUGUUAAAAGUAUUUUAGAAAGUUGUGUUAAAAGUAAGUCAAAAGAAGUUGAUUUUACAUACCUUUAUCAUUAUAAUUUUUUUAAUUUUCAUAAUAAAAAUUUUGAUCAAAUAAUCAAAAUUAAUGUUAAAGACAAAGUAUAUCGUUCAAAUGUUUAUGAUUAUGAAGCUUUCAUUUGGCUUUGUAACCUUGAAGUUAUUCUAAGAGUUUUAGAAAAAAAUUCAUUUGAAGAUCAAUACGUUGUUUUGUUAUCAAAAUUUAUAACCAGGUAUUUAAAAAGUUAUUAUAAUUUUAAUGAAAAAAAUGAAAGAAAGACUUCAAAAAAGGCGGUUAUUUAUAAUAACUAUUCAAAUAUGAUAAUUAUAAAAAAUUUUGAACAUUUUAUUGGUUGUAAAAAUCAAAGAGAUUGUCAAAUUAAAAACAAAUUGCAAAAUGUUAAUUUUUUUGGAGAAAAUAACCAGUGUGAACGAGUUACAGUUGAAUUUAAUGAAUAUACACGAUUUAUUGAUUUUUAUUGUAGUUUUCUUAGAAAUCAAAAUGGAAUAUUAGAAGAGUGUGUAUUACUAGCUAAAAAUUUAAAAGUAAAAUUUGAUCUGUUUUUAAACAUAAAAGAAAAACUUAAUGAUCUGUUACAAUAUAAAGUUGUUUGUUCAUUAAAAAAUGGUUUAUCUGUUAAAGAAAUAGAAAAAUCUACUUUUGAAGAUUACAAUUAUUUCUAUAGAAAAUUAAUUCUAGAAUUUAAAGAAAACCCUGAAAGUAAAAAAAUAUUAGAACUAGUUAAUGAAAGUUUAGAAUUGUUUAAAGAUGAUGUAAUUAUUUUUAAAGAUAUUAUUUAUUAUAUUUAUUAUCAAUUUAUGAAAUGUGAUACUACUAGAGAUUUGUUUAGAUUAUGUUAUUGUUUAAUUAAAUACAGAGGAUUUGAUUAUAAAAAUAAAAGGUUACUGCAUUCAUCUUUUAAAGAAAUCAAAAUACAAUUUGAUGAGAAUAUGAAAGCUUAUGACAAAGAAUAA